CAUUACAAUUCCAAACUGAACCGCCAUUGCAUUGCGUCCUAAGAAAAGAAAACUAGACAUCUAAGUAAUCUAUGAACUUCAAACGACUCCCGUGCAAUUUUAAAACAAUUGUGUAAUAAAUACAGAAACUACUUGACACUCCAUAUAAGCGGGAAAUCAUGUCGCAGUUCAACUUCGUGAGCGAUUUGCAAAAUGCAUUGAUCAUGGACGGUGAGACGCGCGGACCUGCGCCCCGAUGGAAGAAGAAGCUGGAGGCGUCCCUUAACGGAAGUGCAAAUACCACCCGAUCGGUACUAUCCGUAUCAUAUAACACCAGUUUCUCGGGAGUCCAGGCGCCCACAAAGACCCCGGGAAAGAGCAGUGAUGGCAAGACUAAGAGGUCCACCACCACUCCCACCAAGACUCCCGGAGGCGGAGAUCGUUUCAUUCCAAACCGGGCGGCCACCAAUUUCGAGCUGGCACAUUUUCUGGUAAACAAGGACAACGGCGACAAGUCCGAUGAAGAGAACGAAAAGGCCACCACUAGCAACAGCAACGAGAGCAAUGUCCAGGCAUCAGCUCAUAAGGGCGAGCGACAGAAACUCAUCUCAGAGGUGGCACAGGUCAGCGACUCCAAAGAAGGCCGCAUUUUGUGCUACCAAAACAAGGCUCCUGCAGCUCCAGAAUCGCACAACAAUCCUCUAAAAGUCGUUUACUCCAUAAAGACACCCAUAUCCACAAAGAGUGGCUCUCGCUACAUACCAACCACGUCCGAGAGAAUUCUUGAUGCUCCUGAUUUUAUUAACGAUUACUAUCUUAAUUUAAUGGACUGGAGUGCGGACAAUAUCGUGGCCGUUGCCUUGGGCAGUUGCGUCUAUUUGUGGAACGCCCAGACCGGAAACAUCGAGCAGCUAACAGAAUUCGAGGAGGGUGACUAUGCAGGAUCUCUAUCGUGGAUCCAGGAGGGACAGAUCUUGGCCAUUGGCAACAGCACCGGUGCCGUGGAGCUUUGGGAUUGCUCCAAGGUUAAGCGCCUUCGGGUAAUGGAUGGCCACAGUGCCCGAGUUGGUUCUCUGGCCUGGAACUCGUUCCUGGUAUCAUCUGGCAGUCGUGACGGCACCAUCGUCCACCAUGAUGUACGUUCGCGGGAGCACAAGCUGUCCUCCUUGGCUGGACACACACAAGAGGUCUGCGGCCUGAAGUGGUCCACGGAUUUCAAAUAUCUUGCCAGUGGAGGCAACGACAAUCUGGUGAAUGUGUGGUCUGCGGCCAGCAGUGGCGUAGGAACAGCCAGCGACCCUCUGCACAAAUUCAAUGACCAUCAGGCUGCGGUGCGAGCUUUGGCCUGGUGUCCCUGGCAACCGAGUACUUUGGCCUCCGGCGGCGGCACCGCUGAUCGCUGCAUUAAGUUCUGGAAUGUGAACAAUGGCUCUCUGAUGAAAUCAGUAGAUUCCAAAUCGCAAGUCUGCGCGCUGUUGUUUUCGCGUCACUACAAGGAGCUGAUCUCUGCCCAUGGAUUUGCUAAUAAUCAACUGACCAUUUGGAAGUAUCCAACGAUGGUGAAACAAGCCGAUUUGACUGGACACACCUCGCGUGUCCUGCAGAUGGCCAUGUCCCCAGAUGGCAGUACCGUUAUCAGUGCUGGAGCCGACGAAACUCUGCGUCUAUGGAAUUGCUUUGCUCCAGAUCCUUUGGCGGCCAAAAAGGCGGUUUCCAAUACCAAGGCCAAACAGAGCGUGUUCCGGCAGAGCAUUCGUUAACAGGAUUAGUGUAAGGACUGUUUUAACUUGUUUUUUAUGGGCAAUUACUUGACCAACAAAAAUCGAAGUUGCAUUUCCCUUUUUCCAUACUAGACAAUUAUUUUUGAUGCCAUGCCAAUUUAUUAGUUUCAUGUUUAGAAUUUUUGUAGUUACGGAUUGAUUUUUCGAUGUGACCCCUACCAACGAUAUAUGAACAAUAAAUUUUGUGUUUAACUUUUAUUUCUUAGAGUUAAGUUUGUGUGCGUAUAAAUAAAAUGCUUGACAUUCUGCA